AUGUCAUAUCCAACGCAGUGGACAUCAGCCAACAUAGCACCUCAGGGUGCAGGUAUUUCUCCUCAGGGUGAUGUUAUACAGAACGCUGCUAUUUUUAACCACUUUAACUCAGGAGCGCCUUUGCGCCAGCCCGCUCCUCCCAUGCAAAUCCAGUUGAACCAGGCUCAUCCUACUCAAAAUUCUGCUGGAUAUUGCCCGACGGCUCCGGGAGGCUAUUCUUUUGUUUACCCUGCCCUCAUGGCAGCUUUUGCUGCUCAAUCAGGUGCUGUUCAAUCACGACAAACAUCUGGAUUCUGUGUUCCACAGGGUAAUUCUCAAUCUAAUGCCGCAGCUGCUGCCGCAGCAGCAGCAGCACUUAGAGGAACAGCUCUUCUGUCCCCACCCACGGCCUUCCAACCGCCUCCACCACCACCUGCCCAGCAUCCCCUGGCUCAUCUACAAUACUUUCCUCCUUUAAAUGGUAUACAGCUGGCGGCUGCUUUUCCUGGGGCUUCUUCCACUGCCUCAUUUCCUAACACCUCUUCUCUAACACAGCAGCAUGCAGCAGCUCUGCCCACACCUCAGUUUCGUGGCUAUGAUUCUUUGAAACAUUUUGGUGCUCUUCCCCAAACCAUGAACCACAAGCGGAAUAAAUCCAUGACCACGUCCAAAACGAAUCUGUAUAUAUCUGGUCUUUCUGAAUCUGACACCGAUGAAUCCGUUCGAGCUCUUGUUGAAGAUGUCGUGCGUCCAAAGUCUUGCAAAGCUAUGCUUCUUAAUGGAAAAUGCAAAGGGUCUGGAUUCAUUGACUGCGCAACUGAGGAGGAUGCGAUUAAAGCACUUAAUCAUCUCUCUGAGAUGGCCAAGAAUGGUGGCCGGAAGUUAAAUGUCAAAUACGCCUUAGAAAACGAGAAGGACCUCCUCAAUGUGUACGUGAGGAAUUUGCCCAAGACUGGGUUUACAAAAGAAACUCUUGAAAAUCUCUUCCGGCCAUACGGUAUUGGCUUCGUUCGAUUUGCCUCAGCUGAUCAGGCCCAACGUGCUGUGGAAAGCAUGAACGAGCGGCGUUACGUACUGACUGGUGGUAAUGGAAACGGCGAUUCAUCAAAUGACAAUGGCUCGGCCAAACCAAUUUGCUGCAAAUUAGCUGACAAAGCCGAUCCAAAACGGCGGGCUGCAGCAACAGCGGCGGCAACCGGCAGUAUCCCUUCGGGACACAACCCUUCAUCUUCCGCCGUCGGUCUUUCGCGCCCCAAAUUUCACCACCAUCAACGCCAUCACCAGCCUGCGCAACAGCAGCUUGUCCCUGGUGAAUUGCAUUUACAAAGCCACCACCAGCAACCGUUGGCGGCACAUACAGUCCCGAAUCAGCAGAUUCCGCAUGGGCUCAUCUAUCAACCUGUCCUAAUAAAGCCUUUUUUAUCCCAAGUAGGCAUGCUCCCUGAUGGCGCUAACAUGAUUGCGACUGCCAUAUGUUCCCCUCCCGCCGCAGGCUAUGCCCCGCCUCCCAAUCCCCCCUCCUCAUGCUACCCCGCCGCGCGUCCUGCCGACCCCCACGAAGUUUCCCGUUCGACUUCCACGGGCCUUCUCGAGAUGCCAACUCCUCAGUCUCCGCCCACGGACCUCUUGCCAGCAGUAAAUGGCCAUUCGCCUGCAGGGGCCGCCACUGGUAUUGACUCUCGGUACGCGGUACAAUUCGCUGCUGCCGUAGCUGCUUCUCAGUUGCCCUCAACUGGAGCUGUUUCAAACGCCGUGAUGUAUUCACCAUCCAACGCGGUUGUGGCCGCCAGCCAGUUUUCAAGGCCCACACAACCUCUGGUUCAGCCCACAUAUUCGACUUCUUACACAACACCAGGCAAUGGUGCAGGACAUUACGCAGCCCAGGGUGGCCAGCCAAUACAGCCCUGCAGCAACCUCCAGAAUCCCAGUGACCUCCUCGCUGAACAGCUUCAGUCGCUGUCUCUAGCAGCACGCCAGUCGCACCACCUCUACCCUGACUGGUCGGCUGCAGGGUAUCACGUGGCUCCAGUCACUACUGCUGCCUACCAGUUGCCGAUGCCUAACGAGGCCUACUUAGACUCGGCUACAACUGCUCUCUUGGGAAGCUACGUCCAACUGCCUCCUCGUCCUCCUCAAGCAACGGAGAACUCGGACCAAGAAAUUAUGCGAGAUAAUGCGGCCCCAGGGAAAGAGGAUAGAGGAACAGAACAGGUUGACCCUGCAGUGGCUCCUACCGAAACAGAAAACGCAGCUACCUCGUCAUCUUAA